GACCCUGAACGCUCCUUACCCACAAUGCACCGCGGCAGUUCUUGGUAAAAAAAUGGCGACGAGGGCACCAGUAGCGACAGGCAGGCUCCUGCUUGGAUUCCGCAAAUGGUACUAUAACGCUUGUGGCUUCAACAAGUAUGGUUUAGUGCGCGAUGACACACUCUAUGAGGAUGCAGAUGUGGCCGAGGCCCUGAGGAGGCUUCCAGAAAACGUGUACAAUGACCGGAUGUUCAGGAUGAAGAGAGCCCUCGAUCUCUCCAUGAAGCAGCAAAUCCUCCCUAAAGAGCAGUGGACAAAAUUUGAAGAGGAUGUCCGUUACCUGGCGCCGUAUCUAGAGGAGGUGAUCCGUGAGAGGAAAGAAAAGGAGGAGUGGAUGAAGAAAUAAAUGGUUCCUAAUCAAGGCAGUUGAUCCUCGUCUUUAGUCUGUGCAUGGUUGUCCCCCAGUUGUAAUAUUUAAAAUGAAAUCGUACCUAUAUAAAACAGUGCUCAUUAAAAAUUGUACAUUUUA